GUUAACUGGGCGGUUAACCUAGAUGCCAACCUCCCGCUCCUACUCGAUAUGACAACCUAGUGCUCGAUUUACUACUAGGUUGAGCUAGCUAACUAGGUAAAAAGGUACAUUUACCUAGCUCCGCGUCCUAGAUAACCGUCCGGUUACAUCUGUGUUGGAGCUAGCUCCUCUCCAUAGACGAUUUUUGCUUGGGAUGUUCGGUUGCGAACGGUUUGAUGCCGAUCAGCGAUUCCUAGUUUGAGAUUGUUGCAUGCCUAAUAUCGAUGCGUUGUUUCGAAUUAUGUUUAUGAAAGCAAUCCAGCAGUGAAUAGGAUAAACAGCUCAGGUUGAAUAGUCUUAUAUAAAUACGUGACAAAGUUGAAUCUUACAUAAUUUUGAUGUGCAUCCAAUUAUUUUAUUCCUAAAAUUUAAUCUGACUAUCCACUUAAUAAGUAAAAGUUGAAUACACAUUAUCUCUGACGAUCGUGACUCGAAGAGAAAGCUAGAAAGUCAUGAUCAUUGGAAAAUGGUUCAUCUAACUGCUAAAUAUAAAAGAGAAACCACUCAUUACUUUUUAAACGUUAAUCAGCCGUAUCGACGGCCAUAUAUCUCAAAAACUAGACGGUGCCCAUUUUCAAAAAUAGUUCAAUGUCUUAUGCAACAGGUGUACUUUAAGCUUGUAUGACUUGUACGCAUGAGUACUUUCUAAUUAAGUUAAUUCUGAUCCGUUAAGUGGACCGAAUAUAGAGUAAAAUCCACAUUAUCACCAUCGUUCUUGUCUAUAUGCUCACGAGGGAACCUCUCGAGGUUAUAAAUCGCUUUUUGAUCAGAAUCUAGUGGAUUAUAGGUAUGCUGAUUCCGAAUAUGAUUAUGGGAGCUACCCAUGGUUGUUCAAAGAUACGCUGUUUUGGAAAACCACUUUUCCACAAACUCUAAAGUAUAACCAAAACUUUUCUUAAUGAGACACAAUUGUAGCCGGCAAAUUUCUGAUUGAAAUGGGACAUCUGCCACCCCUACACGACCUUUCUUUGCACAGUUAUAGAAUUUACAAGAAAAGCCCUAAAUGCUUAGCGCUGCAGCAAAAAGAAAUUAAUUCAGGGCUUUUCUCGUAAAUUCUAUAACUGUGCAAAGAAAGGUCGCGUAGAGGUGGGAGAUGUCUCAUUUUGAUCAGAACUUCGUGGGCUACAAUCGUGACUUGUUAAGAGAAAGUUGCAAUAAAAAGCCCUAAAUUAAAUUGUUUUUAUUUCUGUAGCUUUGAACAUUUAGGGCUUUUCCUGAAAACUCUAUAACUGUGCAAAGAAAGGUCGCAUAGAGGUGGGAGAUGUCUCAUUUUAAGCAGAAAUUUGCCGGCUACAAUUAUGUCUCAUUAAGAAAAGUUUUGGUUAUUAUUUAGAGUUUCUGAAAAAGUGGUUUUCCAGAAAACCGUAUCUUCGAACGACCACUGGCAGCUCCCAUAAUCAUAUUCGGAAUCGGCAUGGUCAAUAACCUAUAACCCACUAGGUUUCGAUCAAAAAGCGAUUUAUAACCUCCAGAGGUUCCCUCGUCAAUUAUUUUACGAGUGGUUUCAUCAACGAAAAUAACCAAUGUAAAAAAGUUAAGGCAGUCAAAACCGACUUUGCCUUAUUCAUUGCCAAAGAAUUUAGCUGGAUAGAAUAUAGAAUGAUCGCAUACAGUGUUGUAUUCCAUUCUUCCGCCACUUUUGUAUUCUGCAUUGUGUGCGGUCAAUCUAUAUUCUAUCCAGCUAAAUUCUUUGGCAAUGAACAUGGCAAAGUCGGUUUUGACUGCCUUAACUUUUUUACAUUGAUUAUUUUCGUUGAUGAAACCACUCGUAAAAUAACUGAGUAUAAAUAAAUGCAUUAACUUUAUGCAUGCAUUAAAUUCACAAUAGCUGUUCGUAAUGCAAAGGAAAAAAAUCUUCUUCCAUGAACUCCGGUCGUACUUGUUUCCAUAUUACCUGAUGAAUCACACUGAUCAAGCCUUAGACCGGUGUUUGAUUCAAAGAAUGUUCAUUCAAUUUAAAACGUAAAUUGUCCGUGUUAGUAUAGUGGUUAGUAUCCCCGCCUGUCACGCAACUCCUCCAUGGAAACUUCAAGUAUUUUCUCGAAAAAGUUUGUGCCUUUGUUUGUUUCCCAACCGUUCUCUCUAGUGUGGACCAUUGGCAUUAAUAGCCGAGAAAGAAUCAGAACAGUUUCUUUUCUUUGUAAAAUAUAUAUUUGAGCCUCAUGUGGAAUAUUUAAAUGAACAUGGUACUACUGUUGAUGAAUAUAAUAAUAUUACAUAUGAAGUGAGUGCAGCGAUAAAAGGUUCAAUAAAAGACUACAAACCAAUAUUAAAACAAGACAUCUUGGAUAAUGAUUUACCAAUGAAAUCCACGAUACCAACGUCGAAACGACCACAUGUAUCGGCGGUUCGUUCCACAGCGUCCGGCAACAAAAUUCAGGUCGAAUCGUCUGACAGUGAUUGCUAUGACGACGAUGAGGAAGCUUAA